AUUCUCUCAAUCUGAAAAGCCAACUGCAAAAUCACAAGUUUCCAACUUGCAGGAAAAUACUUUUUACAUUACUCAAAGAAAUUAGAAAGGGAAGUCUACGGGAAGCUUCCUUCACAAUCUGUCUUUCUCUCUCACAUAGUGAUAUACGACGUUGUGCACUCGAAUUUAUAACAACUCAUAACUUCUCUAUGUAUGUCUUUUCUUCAUCAUCUUUUUAUGCUCUUUUUUUUGUGUGGAAUUCUUUUGCCUUUCUGAAAUCGGAGUUCAAGUGAGUUUGAGACGAACAAUUCUCUAACAGAAAGAAAUCAAUUGGAGGGGACCAUCAGCUAAUUGUGCCCCUAGCAGAAGCACGUCUCACAUGUGCUUCUCAUCUAUGUUCGUAAUAUGAGGUCUUGUCUUCUUUUGCUCUUGUCCUGAUGUAAGCUGGAGCUAUGGAUUUCUACCGUGAGAAGUUUGUGAGAUUUCAAGAUUGGAGAUCAGAGAAAAGUUUUAGUGAGAAAUCUCCCUCUAGUGGUGGAAUACAUCCGAGUAGACUUAAUUCUGCAGUAUACUCAAUUUCAGACAAAUUUCAUAGAGGUUUAGAAGCUGGGUCUGAUAGAAUCAGGAGGUUCAAGGGAUCAUUAAGAUCUUUCUCUUUCGGGAAGUUUCUGACAGAUGAUGAAGGAUCUAGGAGGAAAAUUCUUGAUCCUCAAGGUCCAUUUCUUCAGAAAUGGAAUAAGAUAUUUGUGCUGUCAUGUCUGAUUGCUAUCUCUUUGGAUCCAUUGUUUUUCUAUAUUCCGAUUAUCAAUGGCGAAAAGAAAUGCCUUGAUUUGGACAAGAAAUUGGAGCUUGCUGCUAGCAUUUUACGAUCCUUUACAGAUAUCUUUUACCUCACACAUAUUAUUUUCCAAUUUCGUACUGGUUUCAUUGCUCCUUAUUCACGUGUAUUUGGAAGAGGUGUCCUAGUUGAAGAUUCCUGGGAAAUAGCAAAGAGAUAUCUGGCAUCAUACUUUAUAAUUGAUGUUCUUGCAGUUCUUCCGCUUCCACAGAUUGUAAUUCUCAUCAUCAUUCCAAAGAUGAAAGGAGCAAGAUCUUUGAACACCAAGAAUUUGCUGAAAUUUGUGGUCUUCUUUCAAUAUAUACCAAGGGUUCUCCGGGUCUAUCCUUUGUAUAGAGAAGUCACACGAACAUCUGGCAUACUUACUGAAACAGCAUGGGCUGGAGCUGCCUUCAACCUUUUCCUUUACAUGCUUGCCAGCCAUGUUCUUGGAGCGUUUUGGUAUUUAUUUUCAAUAGAACGUGACACUACGUGCUGGAUAAGAGCUUGUGGAAGUCAAUCUGCAUGUAGAGAUGCUUCAUUUUAUUGCGAGCGUGACCGCACACUAUUCACAAAAAAUCUGACGGACUUGUGCCCUACACAGCCUGCUAAUACAACGCUGUUUGACUUUGGGAUAUUCCUUGAUGCUCUUCAAUCUGGUGUUGUCGAAUCAAAAGACUUCCCUCAGAAGUUCUUUUACUGUUUCUGGUGGGGUCUACAGAAUUUAAGUUCCCUUGGUCAGAACCUUCACACAAGUACUUAUGUCUGGGAAAUUUGCUUUGCAGUUUUUAUAUCUAUAUCCGGCUUGGUGCUAUUUUCGUUUCUGAUUGGAAAUAUGCAGACUUAUCUGCAGUCUACAACUCUAAGAUUAGAGGAGAUGAGGGUGAAAAGACGAGAUGCAGAGCAGUGGAUGUCGCACCGCUUACUUCCGGAAAAUAUAAAGGAACGAAUCAGAAGAUAUGAGCAUUAUAAAUGGCAAGAAACUAGGGGUGUUGAUGAAGAGAAUCUUAUCCAGAAUCUUCCCAAGGACCUCAGAAGAGACAUAAAACGACAUCUCUGUCUGGAUUUACUUAAGAGGGUGCCACUCUUCGAGAAAAUGGAUGAACAACUGCUUGAUGCAAUGUGUGACUGUCUUAAACCAGUUCUUUACACUGAAGACAGUUACAUAGUACGAGAGGGCGAUCCAGUUGACGAGAUGCUGUUCAUCAUGCGUGGUAAAUUGUUUACGGUGACCACUAAUGGAGGAAGGACAGGGUUUUUCAACUCCGAAUAUCUGAAAGCAGGGGACUUUUGUGGCGAGGAACUCUUGACUUGGGCUCUGGACCCUCAUUCAUCGUCUAAUCUUCCCAUCUCCACGAGAACCGUACAAGCCCUUUCAGAAGUCGAAGCAUUUGCUUUGGUGGCUGAUGAUUUGAAGUUUGUGGCAUCCCAGUUCAGACGGUUGCAUAGUAAACAGCUACGCCAUACUUUCAGGUUCUACUCACAGCAAUGGAGAACCUGGGCAGCUUGCUUUAUACAAGCAGCAUGGCGCCGUUAUUGUCGGAAGAAGCUGGAGGAGUCUCUUCGCGAAGAAGAAAACCGGUUGCAAGAUGCUUUGGCAAAGGGCGGGACCGGCUCACCCAGUCUGGGGGCAACCAUUUACGCCUCCAGAUUUGCAGCUAAUGCGCUCCGUGCUUUGAGACGAAAUGGCACGAGAAAGACGAGGAUGCCGGAGAGGAUAUCACCAAUGCUGCUUCAAAAACCAGCUGAACCAGAUUUCACUGCGGAAGACAAAUGAGUAGUACACAUCCUCGUCUGAUUCUUUAAUGUAAUUGUAAUAUAUUAGCCUUUUCUUUUCUUUUCUUUUCUCUUUUCUUUUUUCUAUAUUGCUAUUAUGAAAUAUGAAUCUUGAAUGCCCCAUACAGCUUUUGAUUUUUUUCACACGCGUGCAAUAUGAUAUCAAUACACGGUUACUUC